AAACCUGCCCUACGCUUCCUGGAAACUUUACUAUUUAUGAGUGUGGCUCCUCCUUCCCUUUCAAUCCCUUAAUUAAAUAGCUUCCCCUCUACAGGCUUUUGAAGUGGUAGCAGUUCCUCCUAACUCCUGCCAGAAACAGCUCUCCUCAACAUGAGAGCUGCACCCCUCCUCCUGGCCAGGGCAGCAAGCCUUAGCCUUGGCUUCUUGUUUCUGCUUUUUUUCUGGCUAGACCGAAGUGUACUAGCCAAGGAGUUGAAGUUUGUGACUUUGGUGUUUCGGCAUGGAGACCGAAGUCCCAUUGACACCUUUCCCACUGACCCCAUAAAGGAAUCUUCAUGGCCACAAGGAUUUGGCCAACUCACCCAGCUGGGCAUGGAGCAGCAUUAUGAACUUGGAGAGUAUAUAAGAAAGAGAUAUAGAAAAUUCUUGAAUGAGUCCUAUAAACAUGAACAGGUUUAUAUUCGAAGCACAGACGUUGACCGGACUUUGAUGAGUGCUAUGACAAACCUGGCAGCCCUGUUUCCCCCAGAAGGUGUCAGCAUCUGGAAUCCUGUCCUACUCUGGCAGCCCAUCCCGGUGCACACAGUUCCUCUUUCUGAAGAUCAGUUGCUAUACCUGCCUUUCAGGAACUGCCCUCGUUUUCAAGAACUUGAGAGUGAGACUUUGAAAUCAGAGGAAUUCCAGAAGAGGCUGCACCCUUAUAAGGAUUUUAUAGCUACCUUGGGAAAACUUUCAGGAUUACAUGGCCAGGACCUUUUUGGAAUUUGGAGUAAAGUCUACGACCCUUUAUAUUGUGAGAGUGUUCACAAUUUCACUUUACCCUCCUGGGCCACUGAGGACACCAUGACUAAGUUGAGAGAAUUGUCAGAAUUGUCCCUCCUGUCCCUCUAUGGAAUUCACAAGCAGAAAGAGAAAUCUAGGCUCCAAGGGGGUGUCCUGGUCAAUGAAAUCCUCAAUCACAUGAAGAGAGCAACUCAGACACCAAGCUACAAAAAACUUAUCAUGUAUUCUGCGCAUGACACUACUGUGAGUGGCCUACAGAUGGCGCUAGAUGUUUACAACGGACUCCUUCCUCCCUAUGCUUCUUGCCACUUCACGGAAUUGUACUUUGAGAAGGGGGAGUACUUUGUGGAGAUGUACUAUCGGAAUGAGACGCAGCACGAGCCGUAUCCCCUCAUGCUACCUGGCUGCAGCCCCAGCUGUCCUCUGGAGAGGUUUGCUGAGCUGGUUGGCCCUGUGAUCCCUCAAGACUGGUCCACGGAGUGUAUGACCACAAACAGCCAUCAAGUUCUAAAGGUCAUCUUUGCUGUUGCCUUUUGCCUGAUAUCUGCUGUCCUAAUGGUACUGCUGUUUAUCCACAUUCGCCGUGGACUCUGCUGGCAGAGAGAAUCCUAUGGGAACAUCUGAACAGACAGCUGGAUAAGCCAGGCCAACCUCCUGUGACACAGCAUCUCUCAGUGGUGCCGCAUCUAAAGGACAGGCUUUUGCCAUGUGGGCAUUGCCAUCCUCACACCCUGCCUUUUGAAUCUGCCCAGAGCAGGGUCUGAACUCACAGUGACCCACAGACUGCUGCUGGAUGAACACUCAGGCUACCUAGGUCUUCUCAUAAUGGAGUGGUAGUGCAGGCUGCUUGUUCAGCUAGAAAGAGGCUGUUAUGCAUAGGAUGGUUGUAUUCUCUGUCACAGUUGUCCGGAGAGAAAUAAGAAGCCAAACUCCAAUCAGCCUUUUACCUACAAAGAGUGAAGGGUGAGAAGGUGGACAAAGACAUAGAUUAGAAAAAUACUGGAUAUUGGGGGAAGUUAGACUAGAAGUAUUAUUAUACAGGGUGAUUCUUACGAAAGAAGACCCAAUCAUAAAUUAUAAAUAAACUUUUUAUUUAGCUAUUAAGUAGGUUUAAUACACAUACAUACACACAUGCACAUGCAAGCACACACACACACAACUGAAAAGAAAUUUCUGCCCAGUGUUUGAUAGCGGAAAGAUUUCUGUUUGUGUGUCUGUAUAUUAACACACAUACAUACACAUAUCCAUAUUUAAAAUGCCUACAGAAGAGGUAUUUAAUUCUCGAACUGUAAUAUCACCCACUUUAUGUAUGACUCAGGUCAUCUGUUCACAAUUUCUAUAGUGGGGAUUAACUGGAAAAUACACAUAGCCACUAUCAGAUAUCUCCACUAUCAGAUCUGGAUAUUUUUAAAGUUUCCAUUUUUAUUGCAUUUAAAAUUGUAAGAUCUUACUUUUGUAAGGGCUAGUCAUAGCUCAACUGAGGGUUGACAGCCCACUGUCUCAGCCCUGCACUGGCUUUGGGCUCAUGACUUAGAACAAGUUUUUUUUAUAUCUUUUUUUUUUUCCCAGACACAUUGUCUCACUCCGUCGCCCAGGCUAGAGUAUAGUUGCAGUGAGCCAAAAUUGUGCGGCUGCACUCCAGCCUGGGUGACAGAGUGAGAUUCUGUCUCAAAAAAAAAAAAAAAGACUGCAAGUAAUCUGUAUUCAAAACAAAAACAAAUGCAAAUAAUACAAUAAUACAGAAGAGUAUAAAAUGCAAAGUGAAAGGUCUUCCUAACCAGUUUCAAUCACUAGUGGCAAUCCUGUCAACAAUACCUGGUUUUAUUUCUUCUAAGGAGAGGCAUUAAUUUUAUAAAACAUAAUUUAUUUUCUGAAAUUUUCACAUCUUUCCCUUCUUUUACAACCCAUGGUGUCCUCUUUCUUGUAUUCUUUUUUUAUUUCCCUGAAGCAAUUUUUUUAAAAGAUGCAUGAACAGUAAGCAUUCUGAUCCUAACAUAUCUAAACAUAUCUACAGUGUGCCCUCACACUUACCUAUUAGUUGGCUGGGUAUAUUCAGGUUGAAAAUCAUUUUCUUUUUUUUCUUUUUUUUUUUAUUAUACUUUAAGUUUUAGGGUACAUGUGCACAUUGUGCAGGUUAGUUACAUAUGUAUACAUGUGCCAUGCUGGUGCGCUGCACCCACUAACUCGUCAUCUAGCAUUAGGUAUAUCUCCCAAUGCUAUCCCUCCCCCCUACCCCCACCCCACCACAGUCCCCAGAGUGUGAUAUUCCCCUUCCUGGGUCCAUGUGAUCUCAUUGUUCAAUUCCCACCUAUGAGUGAGAAUAUGCGGUGUUUGGUUUUUUGUUCUUGCGAUAGUUUACUGAGAAUGAUGAUUUCCAAUUUCAUCCAUGUCCCUACAAAGGACAUGAACUCAUCAUUUUUUAUGGCUGCAUAGUAUUGCAUGGUGUAUAUGUGCCACAUUUUCUUAAUCCAGUCUAUCAUUGUUGGGCAUUUGGGUUGGUUCCAAGUCUUUGCUAUUGUGAAUAAUGCCGCAAUAAACAUACGUGUGCAUGUGUCUUUA